AUGUCCAGAACCAAGAAGGCAGCGAAGCGAAAGCACCAGAACGACGUCCAAGCCGACUCGAGCAACAAGAAACGACUCAAUGGCCCUCCUUCGCCAGAGUCGUCCGAUGGAGCCGGCCGACAAGAAAUCACGGCCCUCACGCUCCAAGCUCUAGUCUCGGAAGAAGAGGUGGACCUAGCCGUCGAGACGUUGCAGACGUUGGCAGCGCAUCCAGUGGUCAUCAAGUCAAAAGCAUGCAGAGAUCUGCGCACUGCUGUCUACGACUUCAGGCAGGCCUGUACAACCGGCGUCAACACCACCGCCGAUACGAACCUCACCUCGCGCAUUUCCGCAGCUCUUGUCGAUGAAAAGUACACCGACGCACUAGUUUUACUGGCUGAAAUGCGCCUCCGUGCCCAGUCGCCGAAGCUGGGUGCACUAUGCCGCUGGGUCCGUGAUCUGGAUGUCACGAGCGGAUUCUCCAUGGGCACCAACACCGACAAUAUCGAAAGAUCCAAGAGCCAGCUCGAGCGUUUGAGCUUGCUCGACGCAAUUUCCAGGGUUACCGGCACCGUCGAUCUCAACCCCUCUGUGUCCUUCACAAGAUCAUCAGAUCCAUUCAUACUCCAUGCCAAGUGGAAUCUCCGAGACGAGACAGCCUUGCCCGUGCCGGUUGCAUCAGAUCAAUCCAUCACUCGAUUUGCUCCGCCUGGAGUAAAGGACAAGUUCAAGGUACUCGAAGUCACCAAGGCUUCGGAGCGUAGGCCACCGAACCUCCACGACGCCGUCUUAUAUCUCAGCGAGGACAAUGCAGUGCCGUUGUCGGCUGAUCCGCCGAAAACGACACACCACAAGCACCCGUCUGUGCCAAAUCUCUCACUGAUGAAGGACGUUCUGUCGCACAGCGAAUGCAAGGCCAUCGUUGGCGCCAUGGAGACUGUUGGGUUUCUUCCUGAUGCCCCCAUCAGGGAUGAUGGUGCCGAAGCCAGUAUUCUUGCCCACAACGUUUAUUGGAUUGUGGACCAGGCGUUCCACGAUUCUUUGUGGCAAAGAGUUCGCCACUUUGUGCCAGCAGAAGUUGGGGGGAGGAAAGCCCGUGGCAUCAACCGUCGGUUCCGAGUUUACCGUUAUGUUCCAGGAGCUGAGUACCGUGUUCACUUUGACGGUGCGUGGCCGCCUUCUGGCAUCGAUCCAACUACUGGCAAGUAUUUAUGGGAUGCCUCGCCGGCUGAAGCGAAGCAAUCGAGUCUUUUCACCUUUCUCGUCUAUUUAAACGAUGAUUUCGAGGGCGGAGAAACUACAUUCUUUACACCCAGCCUUGUAGACGGUGUUAUGAAUGCACACCCUGUACGGCCAAUGAUGGGAUCAAUCGCAUUGUUUCCGCACGGCGAGAGCAAGGGUGCUCUUCUACACGAAGGUACUGGGGUAAGACUGGGCGCCAAAUAUAUCAUCAGGACCGAUGUCGAGUACGAUGUCGAGCCUGGACGGUCUGGCUAG